AUGCCGAAAUCAGGGACAAAAGUUUUCACCCCCAGCCCACUGGGGGAGUGUUGUUCUGGUCCUGGCAUUCGUGACGAGUAUCCUUAUGUCUUUGCUGUUUACCAAGAUUCUGCAGAUAAUGUGGGGGACGAUGUGGUGGAGGAUGAUGAUAUGGUGGUAGAUGACUCAGUAGUGAAGGAUGAGUCUGGUGGAGAUUCUGUUGCUGACGAGAACGGAGCUGCCACUAGUGAGCGAUUGGAGGGACCAGCAGCAAGGAGACGAGAACCUUCAACUCGAUACCCACUGUCGGACCUGACUGAGUCGGAUUUGAUUCUGAGUCAGCGAAGCUCAACUAGUGUGGAGACUGUCACUCCCUCAUAUCCCACACAAUCUGAGAGUAUACCUGUUAGUUAUAUCAUCCAACCCUCAGUAACCUUCACCUGA